AUGGCGAAAAGGGUCGUCCAAGAACAAUGGCUGCAGCCGUGGAUUAUUUGUUUAACGAUUUUGACAUUCAGGGGGAUUACUGCUCAAAUACGUUAUUCUGUUAACGAAGAAGUGAAAAAGGGCACUGAGCUUGGAAACGUGGCCAAAGACCUUGGAUUAGAUCUCGGAAGACUAGUGGAGAGAAAUCUUCGCGUGGUCUCAGGAACAAAGCUGGACUUUUUUAGAAUAAACCCAGAAGAUGGACGUUUGUCAGUGAACAGUCGAGUGGACAGAGAGGACUUGUGCGCAAAAACCGUUCCGUGUAUAAUUAAUCUGAAGGCUGUGGUGGAAAAUCCUUUGGAAAUGCACCAGUUAAUAGUUGAAAUACACGAUAUAAAUGACAAUGCUCCCAGGUUUCCAGACGAAAAAUACACAGUUGAAAUACUUGAAUCUGCCGUAGUUGGGUCGCGGUUUCAGUUGGAAGGAGCACACGAUUUAGAUGUAGGCAUAAAUUCAUUACAUUCGUACAAAAUGAUCCACAACCAAUAUUUUCGCCUGGAAACUGAAGAAUUUGGGGAGGAUGGAAAAGUACCAUUUCUCAUUUUACAAAGACAGUUAGACAGAGAGGACAAAGCCCAGCAUGCGCUUCAGAUUACAGCUUCAGAUGGAGGCAAACCACCCAAAUCAAGCACUAUAAACAUUACUAUUGUUGUAUCUGACAUAAAUGAUAACCCGCCAAUUUGCAGUAAACAGAAAUAUACAGUAACAGUCAAGGAAGAUGCGCCUAUAGGAACGUUUCUGCUGAUAGUAAACGCCUCGGACGCUGACUCGGGGGCAAAUGGUGAGAUAGAAUACUCUAUAAGGAGUAAGUUCCGUGGGCUUUCUUCAGAGCCAUUUGACUUAGACAGUAAAACUGGAAGGUUGAGUGUUAAGAGUAAGCUUGACUUUGAAGAAAAGCAACUUUAUGAGAUAAAGGUUGUUGCUGCAGAUAAAGGCGCUGUGCCUCUGUCUACGCACUGCAACGUGAUCGUAACGGUACAAGACGUGAAUGACAACCCACCAGAAAUAGACAUUACUUCACUCUCUGGUCGCAUUGCUGAAAAUGCUCCACUGGGCACAGUAGUUGCUCUAAUGGCGGUGACCGAUCGGGACUCAGGCUUAAACGGUGAAGUUACCUGCACUAUUGCCACUGAUUUACCGUUUGAUUUAAAACAGUCAGCUGAUGGCCUCUCAUACUCACUGGUAACUAAGGACAAAUUGGAUAAGGAACUAAUAAAAACCUACAGUAUUACGAUUAGUGCAAAAGAUUCAGGAAACCCUCACCUGACAUCCUCAAAAGACAUACACGUAAAUGUAAUCGAUGUAAAUGACAACUGCCCGAUGUUUUCUCAAAGUCCCUACAUAUUUCAUGUUUUUGAAAACAACGAACCAGGAUCCUCUAUACUCUCAGUGUCUGCAACUGAUACCGAUGAUGGGGAAAACGCUGUAGUUUCAUAUUCACUAGACACUAAGGGACAAGUGGGAUCAUUUUUAAACAUAAACGGAGAAAGUGGCACAAUUUCUGCGCUGAAAAGCUUUGACUUUGAGACAUUAAAGUCGUUCCAGUUUCAAGUGGUGGCCUCAGACUCUGGGACUCCGUCACUGAGCAGCAACGUGACAGUGCACGUGUUCAUUCUGGAUCAGAACGACAACGCUCCAGUCAUUCUGUAUCCAGUCAGCUCUAACGGUUCUGCUGAAGGAGUGGAGGAGAUCCCCCGCAAUGUGAACGCGGGACACUUGGUGACUAAAGUCAGGGCCUAUGAUGCUGAUAUCGGAUAUAACGGCUGGCUGCUGUUUUCACUGCAGCAAGUGACUGACCACAGUCUGUUUGGGUUGGACCGCUACACAGGACAGAUCAGGACACUUCGCUCUUUGACAGAGACAGACGAGGCCGAGCACAAACUCGUCAUACUGGUCAAAGACAAUGGCAACGUGUCCCUGUCAGCUACAGCUACUGUGCUUGUCAAAGUGGUGGAGCCCAGAGAGGCUUUUGCAGCUUCUGAUGUUAAGAGCUCCACUAAAGACUCUGAGGACACUAAUGUGACUUUUUACCUCAUGAUAACUCUGGCCUCAGUCUCAGCUCUGUUCAUUAUCAGUAUCAUUGUGCUGAUUGCAAUGCAGUGCUCCAAGUCCAGCACUGACUACACGUCCAAGUACUUACAGGACACAAACUAUGACGGGACUCUGUGCCACAGCAUCCAGUACAGAUCUGGAGACAAGCGCUACAUGUUAGUUGGACCCAGAAUGAGCGUAGGAUCCACUAUAGUCCCAGGGAGUCAAGCCAACACACUGGUGCUGCCUGACAGGAGGAGGCCCUCUGAAGAGGAGUGA